AUGCCUCCCAAGAAGGCUACCAGCGUGACCAAGAAGGCCGCCGCUCCGGCUCACGCCUCCUACCGUGAUAUGAUCAAGGAUGCUAUUGUCAACCUGAAAGAGCGCAAUGGUUCCAGCCGCCAGGCCAUUAAGAAGUAUGUGUCGUCGAACAACAAGAUCAACGUCGCGUCUCAGGCCACCUUUGACGCCCAGUUCAACAAGGCCAUCAAGGCUGGUGUUGAGAAGGGCGAGUUCACUCAGCCCAAGGGUCCCUCUGGUCCCGUGAAGCUGGCCAAGAAGGAGCCUGCCCCCAAGCCCGCUGCUAAGCCUGCUGUUAAGAAGGCCACCACCGCCGCCGCCAAGGUAAGCAAUCUCAACUCGCUGGCGCGAAUUCAUCAUCGUCCAAAUUACUCACAACCUCAACAAAAGCCCGCCGCCAAGGCCGCUGCCACCAAGAAGACUACUUCUGCUCCCAAGAAGACUGCCACCAAGGCGGCUCCCAAGACCUCUGCGGCCAAGAAGGCUAGCACCACCAAGAAGACCACGGCUGCCAAGCCCAAGGCCAACUCUGGUAAGGCCCGCAAGACCACGACCACUGCCGCACCGGCGGUCGUUGAUCAGCCCAAGGUCAUCGGCAAGACCAAGUCUGGCCGUGUCACCAAGACCACAGCGGCGCCCAAACCCGCAGCCAAGAAGCGUGCGGCCCCCAAGAAAUAG